GAGAUCCCUGUUUUUGUAGUCCUGAAAGACCAGAGUGCAGAUAGUCUGACUGUUACCCAUACAUUUGUCUAGGUACGCCAUGGCUCAGCUCCAGACAUGCUUCUUCACUGACAACAAGAAAUAUGCGGUAGAUGAUGUUCCCUUCUCCAUACCUGCAGCCUCUGAAAUUGCUGACCUUAGUAACAUCAUCAAUAAAUUGUUGGAGGCCAAAAAUGAGUUCCACAAACAUGUGGAGUUUGAUUUCCUUAUCAAGGGCCAGUUUCUACGAAUGCCCUUGUUCAAACACAUGGAACUGGAAAACAUCUCAUCAGAAGAAGUUGUGGAACUAGAAUAUGUGGAGAAGUACACUGCCCCUCAGCCAGAACAGUGCAUGUUCCAUGAUGACUGGAUCAGUGCUAUCGAAGGGACAGAAGAAUGGAUCUUGACUGGUUCUUAUGAUAAGACUUCUCGGAUCUGGUCAUUGGAAGGAAAAUCAAUAAUGACAAUUGUGGGACAUACAGAUGUUGUAAAAGAUGUGGCCUGGGUGAAAAAAGACAACUUGUCUUGCGUGCUGCUGAGCGCCUCCAUGGACCAGACUAUUCUCCUGUGGGAGUGGCAUGCAGAGAGGAACAAGGUGAAAGCCCUGCACUGCUGCCGGGGCCACGCGGGCAGCGUGGAUGCCAUCGCGGUGGAUAGCACAGGAACCAAAUUUUGCAGUGGCUCCUGGGAUAAGAUGCUAAAGAUUUGGUCUACAGUUCCUACAGAUGAAGAAGAUGAAAUGGAAGAAUCCACAAAUCGACCAAGAAAGAAACAGAAAACAGAGCAGCUGGGACUCACGAGGACUCCCAUUGUGACCCUCUCUGGCCACAAGGAAGCAAUUUCCUCAGUUCUGUGGUCAGAUGCUGAAGAAAUCUGCAGUGCGUCUUGGGACCACACAAUUAGAGUAUGGGAUGUUGAGUCUGGCAGUCUAAAGUCAACUUUGACAGGAAAUAAAGUGUUUAAUUGUAUCUCCUAUUCUCCACUUUGUAAAUGUUUAGCAUCUGGAAGUACAGAUAGGCAUAUCAGGCUGUGGGAUCCCCGAACUAAAGAUGGUUCUUUGGUGUCGCUAUCCCUAACCUCACACACAGGCUGGGUAACAUCAGUAAAGUGGUCUCCUACCCAUGAACAGCAGCUCAUUUCUGGUUCUUUAGAUAACAUGGUUAAGCUGUGGGAUACCAGAAGUUGUAAGGCUCCUCUCUAUGAUCUGGCUGCUCAUGAAGACAAAGUUCUGAGUGUAGACUGGACAGACUCAGGGUUACUUCUGAAUGGAGGAGCAGACAAUAAAUUGUAUUCCUACAGAUAUUCGCCUACGACUUCCCAUGUGGGGGCAUGAAAGUGAAAGAUAAAUUUGACUGCAGAGAUUCCUUCUGUAAAUAAAAUCAGUAGAGAAUACUCAGCUAACACCAAUACAGAUACAGGAAGCAGCCUUUUAGAUUAAAGUUAAUAUACUGUUUCACCCUU